UAUUUUAAAAAUAUUGAGAGCUUUUUUGAACUUUGGCUCUUAAUUGUGUUUUUGCAAAGCCAUCAGAAUCUCACACUGUAUGGCUGUUAACAUUCUUACCCUGUAAUAAGGUUGUGCAUCUGUAAAUCUCGAUUAACAGCAAUGGCCGCAUUGAGAAGAAUUAUAGGUCGCCGGUCACCGCUUGCCCGUGCAACUACUCUGUCAUAUUUCCUUCGUCAUUUCUCUCAGCAAUCAAGCUCCAACGGAACCCAUUUUAACGAUACAGAAAAUUCUACAGCCACCUCUGAGCCAAUAAUCUCAAUCGAUCGGUCCGGUUUGUAUAAUCCUCCAGAUCAUGAGCACAAAGUUCUUGUGGAGUCUCCCAUGGCUAAGCACAUCAAGAGUCUGAUUAAGUUUAGGGGAGGACCGAUUACAGUAGCAGAGUAUAUGGGUGAAGUUUUAACGAAUCCUAAUGCUGGGUUUUAUAUGAACCGAGAUGUAUUUGGGAGUGGAGGAGACUUUGUCACCUCUCCCGAAGUCAGCCAGAUGUUUGGCGAGUUAGUUGGAGUAUGGACAAUGUGCUUAUGGGAGCAAAUGGGUCAACCAAAGCAAGUGAAUUUUGUGGAGUUGGGUCCAGGACGUGGAACACUUAUGUCUGACCUGCUUCGGGGCACAGCAAAAUUCAAGAACUUCUCGGAGGCUCUUUCUGUGCAUUUGGUUGAGUGCAGUCCUGCAUUGAGAAAGCUUCAACAUAGUUCAUUACAGUGUACAGAGGGUGAAGCUGACAAUACAUUUAGUGCAUUCUGUGGGGUUCCGAUUUCAUGGCACAUGGAUUUGGCACAAGUUCCCAAAGGAGUGCCAACUAUCAUUGUUGCCCAUGAAUUUUAUGAUGCACUUCCAAUUCAUCAAUUCCAGAAGACACCUCGUGGAUGGACUGAAAAGCUGAUUGAUAUUGCCGAAGACCAUGAUGGUUUUCGUUUUGUACUAUCCCGGGAACCAACAGCUGCAGCUAAGCUCUACUUAGCUAAGCGCUUUAAGAGGCUAUCCCCAGAUGAAAUAGCAAAGUUGGAGCAUGUUGAAAUAUGCCCUCAAGCUAUCGAAUUAACACAGCACAUUGCAAGAAGAAUAGAGGCGGAUGGUGGUGGUGCUCUUAUCAUUGAUUAUGGACAAAAUGGAAUCAUUUCAGACAGCUUACAGGCUAUAAGAAAUCACAAGUUUGUUCCUGUGUUGGAUGAGCCAGGAACAGCAGACCUUAGUGCUUAUGUUGAUUUUGCUUAUGUCAGACAAGUUGCUGAGGAGACAGCAGGGGAGGUAGCUGCAUUUGGUCCAAUUUCGCAAUCUCAAUUUCUUGGUCAACUUGGCAUUAAUUUUCGGCUGGAGGCAUUAAUGCAAAAUGCAUCAGAUGAGCAGGCAGAAGCUCUUCAACUAGGCUAUUGGAGGCUUGUUGGGGAAGGUCCAGCUCCAUUUUGGGAAGGGACGGAUGAACUUGCACCUGUUGGUAUGGGUUCGCAGUAUAUGGCAUUGGCAAUAGUCAAUAAACAGCUUGGAGCUCCAGCUUGCUUUCAGUAGAAUCAGUUGCAUGGUGGUGCCAUUCAAAUUGUCUAUUAAUACCAUAUUGACAAUAUUUGUUUUCCGGCUCAAGGUAUUAUGAGAUCUAUAGCAAUGUGAAACAAGGAUGACCUCAGUAGAUUCCAGAGACUGCAGAUUCCUGUCAAUAUCUGCAUUUGUUUUAUUACUUGCGGUUGAUUAUAAAAUAAAGACAAUGAAAAUGUCGGAUUUAAGGUGAUCUUGGCAUCAUGUUUAGAAUAGUUGAGGCUUGUGAACUGUUUGGAUCCAUACCUAUAGGGGUUAAGGUCACUCCCAGUUUGGCUGGGAGAUAGGCUGAUAAAAGUUAUUACAUUUUGCUAGUAUAUCUAAAGUCUAACAGAAUUUUGUAAAAGCACACAUCUCAAUUACCAUUCUUCAAAUACACUAGUGAAAUUCUUGUA